GAAACGUCAACUGUCUUCCUGACAGCAUGCACAUGGCUAGCCAGUAGUGUUAUUCUCCGUGUGCAUAUAAAUAACAUUUAUUUUCUUCAAUACGCUUGUACUCGCUAUAAUCAUCUCAUUCAAAUAUCGUAGAGCAUCAUGACUACCGAAGAAAAUAUUUCAGCAGACAAUUUCCUCCCGCCUAAAGCUGCGAAAAAAGCCAAGAAGCGAGUCCAUUCUGAAGGGGAAGAUGCUAUGGAUGUGGAAGAAAUUGCUGGUAUCGAAGGGAAUGUAUUGAAUUCAAAACCGAAAGUAAAACGGAAGAAAAACAGUGCCGAAGUUCGAAAGAUAGCAGUCCCGCCACACAGAUAUUCUGCCCUCAAAGAGCAUUGGAUGAAAAUCUUCAGCCCCAUAGUGGAACAUAUGAAGUUACAGAUCAGAUUCAAUAUGAAAGCGCGACAGGUUGAAAUUCGCAUAAGCCCUGAAACACCAGACAUUGCAAACCUACAAAAAGCGGCUGAUUUUGUCAAAGCCUUCCUCUGCGGUUUCGAGGUGGAUGAUGCCCUAGCUCUACUGCGUUUAGACGAUCUUUUCAUUGAAACCUUUGAAAUCAAAGACGUGAAAACGUUGAAAGGCGAUCACAUGAGUCGCGCAAUCGGUCGACUUGCUGGCAAAGGGGGCCGAACUAAGUUCACUAUCGAGAACGUCACAAAGACGAGAAUCGUACUGGCCGAUAGCAAAAUACACAUCCUAGGAAGCUAUCAAAACAUACAGCUCGCACGUAGAGCAAUUUGCAAUUUAAUUUUAGGAUCACCGCCCAGUAAAGUGUAUGGCAAUUUGCGUUCAGUGGCCAGCAGGAUAUCAGAAAGGUUUUGAGUUAUAGAAAAUAAAUGUUUUAAUGUUAUAAAUAUAUUUUUUCAUAAUUACAUGAGUUAACAAGUGA